UGGUGGGCGUGUUGAAUGCUAUCUGCAAAGAUGAAUCCACUCAAACAACCUGGAAAAGUAUUCUAGUUGAGAAAUGGCUCAAAAAACUCAAAUCCACAAGACGCUCAUUAGAUAUGAGCUUACCUCUUCGGUCCUGCUGCAUGAAUAUCAUUGAUUACUAUGCUACAAUAGGGCGAACAGAAACAACUGAAUUUGACUCUGUUCAUUAUGAAAUUGUUAAACAACUUCUACGCUACGGUGCAUCUGGUGAAUCUUGCCUGGAUGUUGCUGAGGGAUGUCCACCUCUAAAGACUCUACUUUCUACCCCUGUCUCAAUGGAAGAAAGACCAUUUAUCAUACCCUGGACAUCUCUCUCCCAGAAACACAAGAACCAGCUAGCUGAAGUUGCAAGAGGACUCAACUGUAAUUUCCAGGAACCAUAUUGGUAUCAUAACAAAGAAAUCGGACGCGGGGCAUUUGGACAAGUCUUCGUAGGCAUUCAUGGAAAAGACAGCAUGGAAGUAGCCGUUAAAAGAGUCCAUUAUACGCAACAGGAUCGAGACCAAGAUAUUCGAGAGAUUAGAAGCCUGGCUCCUCUUCUUGAAUGCGAGCAUAUUGUUCGUUAUCUAACUUUCCUACAAACCGAUGACUAUUCCUAUAUAAUUAUGGAACUGUUGGAAGGAAAUCUUACCGAGUAUUUUGACAGUGCUUUUUACGACCAAAGGCAAACGAAAGUGCUCUGCCGAGAUGUGGUACAAGGCUUAAAGUAUCUUCAUGAACAGAAAAUCAUUCAUCGCGACCUCAAACCAAAAAACAUUCUUUACAGAACCGACCCCAAACUUUGCCUGAAGAUUGCUGACUUCGGUUUGAGCCGUCGUAUAGACGUCAUUACUUUCAAUACUGUCAUGGCCACUGGAGUGGGGACUCGUGGGUGGAUUGCGCCUGAGGUUAUGACAUCUACCGCUCACGAACAUUCUAGGUCAUCUGAUGUCUUUUCGUGUGGUCUUGUUUUUCAUUAUAUCUUGUCAAAAGAUCACAGACAUCCAUUCAGUCCAGCGGACUGCGCUGACAAAAGUGAGCUGGAAAUCAUACCUAAAACAGAAACAAACAUUUUGAAUAAUAAAAUGGAAGGAUGGGACAGUGGUCUGGAUCCUGAAGCAUCUCAUGUAAUUACUGGAAUGCUUAAUUGCACUAACGAAAAAGAAAGACCGACCGCAUCAAUGUUGUUACACCAUCCAAUGUUCUGGUCAAAGAAGAAGAAGCUUGAUUUCCUCAGUGCUGUUGGUAACCAAGAAGAAUUCGAAUGUCCACGUGCUAAAAGGCCUGCCCCAUCAUCAGGAAUUUUCAACAAUAGUGAAGUUUGGCAAGUGGGAUGAUCCACGGUACAAGCAGACAUCGGUGAUUUUCAAUGAGAUGCAAAAGCCAAUAGUCAAACAUGAUAAAAAAGGAAAACCUUACAACGUUCCUGCUAGAAGGUACGACAUCAGUUCUGCGGUAGAGCUGGUGCGAUUCAUUCGCAAUGCCAUCGCUCAUGUAGCAAGUCGAACACCCGCAAUCCAGGCACAAAUUCUCGAUGCUGUAUUUCUGGAAGAAUUUCCAAAUCUCGUGAUAGAGGUGUUCAAAGCUGUGACUGCACACGGAUGGGACGUUUCUAGAGAGGAAAUCAAACAUGU